UAACGACACACUUCUUGACGUCCCCAACAUGGCGACCUAGGUGAACUUCCAGCGAUUGCCAGAGUGCCAUCGAGUGAUUUUCUCGGUCUUUUCUGCCAUGUAUUUCCCAGUAGGAUGGCCCAAGGCACUGGCGGUGCCUCCCGAAGACAUCGGAGGCCUCCACGCGGUGCUGUGCAACCGCGACCGCGUUCUAUUCGCCGUCAUCACGGAGAGAUCCCUAGCGAUUUGGUACUGCCGGCCAUGUGUACAGAUUGUGUGCCACUGUCGUUCCGAGGAAUCCGUGCGUACACUAGGGACCAAUCAGAAGGCAGCAUGGCGGCCGGACUCAACCAGUGUUGCAGUCACGACGAGUCAAGGUUAUAUCCUGUUCUAUCACCUGGAGAGAGAAGUGGUGGCUGGACAUGGGGCCAACUGUUAUAACCAGACCCGGGGAGGCAGGUUCCCCAGUAUGCGUUCGUCCACCAGUAUGGAGUAUGGAGAAGGGGUCCCCUCCAUCAGGAUGACUUUUGUCACCUCCGUACAAAUCAUCGGCAAGAUAGAAUGCCUGGUCUGCGUACGAGACGAGCUGCUGGUUGCCACGGGUAACGGGAUGCUGCAGCGGUUACGGUGGGACGGCGUGGUGAACGGGAAGAACGGGAUCAACAUCGCGGCCAUUCCCUUCUCCGUCGACCUUCAACAUUCCAGAGCGUCCACCCUGGACACUCCAGGCAUCACCUUCACACAUAUCGAGUACAGCGGGCUCAUGGGAGGCUUCGCUGUCGUACUGCCCGACGGGAGGGCGGGGCUCGUCAACACGCUGGCGGGGAAAGUCGAACACAAUAGCCUUCAGGGUGUAUGGGCCCAGGGUCUAGAGAAUGUCACCUGUGUAGCUGUCAACAACAGAUACAGACUUAUAGCAUUUGGCUGCACAGAUGGACUGGGUGUUGUCUACACAGUGGAUGACAUGACAGGUGCUCUACAGGUGUCACACAGACUCGAACUCUCAACCAAAGAUUACCCAGAUGCGUGCAUGGCGUGCGGUCCCGUGUCCAGACUAAGAUGGUCACCUGACGGCUGCGUGCUGGCGAUGGCGUGGGACCGCGGCGGGAUGGCGGUGUGGAGCGUGUACGGCGCUCUGUUGAUGUGUACGUUAGGGGCGGACCAGGGCUUGUAUCAAGAAUCCCUCAGAUUACAUCUCUUCAGAAUAAAGUCAAUGUGCUGGAGUAUGGAAGGGUACCAGCUGUGGAUGGCGUGUGAAACGUUAGACCGUUCGGAGGUGAUGGAGCUGCCAACGGCAACGUCAGAGCUGCUCCAACUCCAGUUUGUCAAGUCGACCCUCACAGUCAACCCCUGUGCGACGAAUCACGAGCACCUGUUCCUGCAAGGCGAGGACAAGCUGUUCAUCAACACGGGUGACCUGGUCAUGAAGCAGCAGUGGAAGGACGCCAACAUGAACCGGCCGCUGCGGGAGUCCAUCGCCGGCUCCAACGCUUCCUCUCCGCAGAAACCUGCCAGACAGAGCAACAUCCUGGUGGGGAACAAACAGUGGCUGGUCAUACAGAUUCCCAUUACCUAUUUAGGUAGCAACUGGCCAAUAAGGUACGCAGCCAUAGACAGGACGGGGUUCUGUAUCGCUGUGGCGGGGAGGUGUGGCCUGGCGCAUUACGCCAUGUUCACUCGCAAGUGGAAACUCUUCGGUAACGAAACACAGGAGAAAGACAUGGUGGUGACAGGCGGGCUGACCUGGUGGAGAGACUUCAUCAUCUGUGCCUGCUACAAUCUCAACGAGAACAGAGACGAGUUGAGGAUGUACCCGAGAGCGAGUAACCUGGAUAACGCCUUUGCGUACAGCUGCAAGGUUCCCUCCCAGAUCCUGCUACUAAACCUGUUCAGGGACAUGCUGGUUGUCUUCUGUGCAGACUGCCACAUUGCUCUGUACUCCAUCGAACGAAGGGACGCCAACCCAAAUCCGAGUGCCAGCCUCACAUUGUUACAGGAGAUCUCAUUGGCUAGCUACAUCCCCCACGCUGUGACCGUCAUCUCAGUCACUCUCACCUCCCUCCGAACUGAAACAGCCUCCUCUAAACAGACAUCGUCCCGGCGGGAGGCGGAAAGCUUGAUCGUGAAUGUGGCGGGGAGACUGCUGAUGCUCCAGAGGGACAGGUCAAUGACCUCAGGCAAGGAGAAUGGAGACAUCAGGAAAAGAGAAAAAAUGCUGCCGUUCUGUGCGCCUGUUGUCCUGGCGUCAUGUGUAGAGAACAUGUGGUCCUCCAGCCGCUCCAGUCCUGACAAGGUACAUCUGAGCGAGGCUCUGUGGCUGGGCUGUGGGGCGUCUGGUAUGAAGGUGUGGUUGCCACUGUUUCCAAGGAAUGAUGAGAAGAGACACAGUUUCCUGUCCAAGAGAAUCAUGCUGCCCUUCCAACUCAGCAUUUAUCCACUGGCUGUACUGUUCGAGGACGCCGUGGUGUUGGGUGCAGCGAACGACACCAUGAAGUACGACUUUCAGGACUGUGCGUCGCCGAGUGCUCUGGACUCACCGCCUACCAGACUCUUCCCUUUCAAUGUUGUAGACAGAACUACACAAGUUUACCUUCAUCAUAUUGUCAGAGAGCUGUUAAGAAGAAACCUGGGUUCCCACGCGCUCCAGAUUGCGAAGAGUUGUCGCUCCCUGCCGUACUUCAGCCAUGUGUUGGAGUUGUUGUUGCACCAGGUGUUGGAAGAAGAGGCUACAGCGUCCGAACCUAUCCCAGACCCUCUGCUGCCCAGAAUAGUGGACUUCAUACGAGAGUUCCCAGAGUUCCUGCAGACCAUCGUCCACUGUGCCAGGAAGACAGAGAUCGCUCUCUGGUCCUACCUGUUCGCCUCGGCGGGAAACCCCAAAGACUUGUUUGAGCAAUGUCUGCAGUCCGGGUCCCUGGAGACUGCGUCAUCCUACCUCAUCAUCCUGCAGAACCUGGAGCCUGCAGCCAUCAGCAGACAGCAUGCAACACUGUUGUUGGAUGCUUCACUAGACAAAGGCAAAUGGGAGCUUGCCAAAGACCUUGUGAGGUUUCUACGUGCCAUCGGUAAUGAGGACCCAGAGUCGCCCCCACGCACCCCCGUAAACCCCAUCAACGCCCCCAUCUACCCCCUGCCACCCCCGCCGCAGGAUGGACCCUUCCCAGGGUUCGCAUUCGGGUCACAGGCGCGGCCAGUCCGCAGCUACAGCAUGGGGGAGAACCUGGCAGGAGUGAGGGAACGAGGGAGUGGGAAGGAGAGGGAUAGAGAGAGGCACCACUCGGUUCAAGCCACCAGCACAACUAACAAGAAAACAACAGCGUCACCAAAGGACAUACCUCCACGUGCAGAUUCCGGGUUUUUUAUGGGGACACUGAAACAUUUAGAAGAGACAGCGGAGCAUUUCUUCAUCGACGUGAUUCUACAGCGUCACGCUCGCAAGCUGCUCAGCGCAGGGCGACUACGGGAGCUGGGUUCGUUCGCGGCGCAUCUUAACUUCGAGCUGAUUGGUUGGUUGCAGAAGGAGAGGUCUAGAGCUGCCAGAGUGGACGACUUUGUGACGUCACUUCACACACUUCACAGGGACUUCCAGUGGCCCAUGCCAGUGAUUGCGUUGUCUCAGGUGAUGUCCAGAUCUAACAGCGCAGGAGAGAGGUCCAGAUCGUCAUCGUACGAAGCGUUGGAAGUCGGAGUGAACGGACUGACGCUGAGCGACAUCAGCGAGGGACCAAACCGGCUGCGACCAAACGGGAUGUCAGCGAGCCCUUCGCUCAGGUCAUCCAUGGACCUUCUGUGUGAUGAACUCAGGCAGGAGGCUCUGGACUCCAGACAACUCAACUCCAAUCCUAAAGGAGAUAAUGGCAGCACAGCAGCGACAGAAACGUCGGAGAUGUCAGCGUCGAUCGUGGCGGAUGAUUCGGAGCUGACCCUGGAUGACAGCAUGUGGAACCUGGCUAACCUGGAUGAGUUGGAGGCUCUGUCCCAGGAGCUGGCCUGCAGAGGGCCGCCACACUGUGAGACACAGCUCAGAUACCUGCUGCAUGUGAUGCUGGAGGCAGGGUGUCUGGAGUGGGCCAUGCUGAUAUCUCUGGUCCUGCGGGACUCCAUGGGUGUAACACGAGUCGUCAACACAGCCAGUCUGACGGACAUGCCCAUUGACGUGGUGGGGAGGAUGAGGGAGGGACUGUCCUACCUGGAACUCUGGGCUGACACCGAGUGCCCUGGGUACAAGCCGUUCCUACUGGUGAUCCGCGGUCAGGCCGAGGUUCUAACGGGCAUCGUGGACAUCCAGGGGUCACCUCAGGUCACCCCCAUCCCCACCCCCGAGUCGUCGCUCACCUCCGCAGACUUUCACGCUCUCGGUUUCCAUGGAAACGCCAGCGACAAGGAGGACCCGGAGAGCGAGGAGCAGACAUCCGUGGUGGAGAUGGACCUCCCGCAGGACGGCGGGCAGUGUGCGCUGUCGUGACAGCAAAGAACAUCCUCCGAGGAACGCUGUUGACGUUUUCUCGAGAGGACUCUUCAAGCAGCCUUAGUGCUGUGUACCAGUUCGCUGGACCGGUUUCGGACUUGUAAGAACGUUUAGGUUCCAGUCCGAAAAAAACUUAAAGUCAUGAGCCGAUUCCGGACAAACCACCUUAAACACUCCAUAGAUUGCUAAAUCUGUGCUGCAAAAUGAAGAAAUCAUCAUGUGGGCAUCGUCAUGUGUCGGCCUCUGUGCUAUGUGGUCACGGGUUUGCUCAUACAACAUUGCAAGGUUGCCAACAUGCAAUUUUGUAUAUGCCAUGGGUUUAGGUCCGGACUUACGAGUCCAGAACUGAACCCAAACCUCUGGGCUUGAAUCCGGACCUGAACCUAAAUGUGGGUUUAGGUACACAGCUCUAAGCAGCCAAGAACGUCUUCUGCAGGUCUUGAUGGUGAUUUGAGACGCAGUGAAACUGAUUAUACAGUAGACAAGUCGUAAAGGAGAAGUAACAACUUCAUUUGUGACGGAUACAGGAUGUCCCAGGACCGCCACGUGGAUACGAUUUUUGAAACACGUGUGUCGAGGAAGGACAGCAGACCAAACAGCACAGGUUCUUGUGACAGAGCUUUUGGGGAAGAGUGCACAAGACAAGACUAUUGCUGUACACUUCGGGUUAACUGUACACAACCAUAGGCUGCUCGAGUACCCCACUAGACUUAGAAACACUUUCAGAUACAAGUGUGAUGCUCAAAAUGCCAGUUUUGGACACGGGAAUUAAGGACGUACUACAUGUAUAUACUGAGGGGGCUUGCCACCAUCUCUGCAACAUGUCUGUGUGCAUUUGCCUCUGUUGCAUUGCAAAUGUGAGAAAGUGUGAAAAUCUUGCUCAAAACAUAAAAUGUGUUUAUUUCAGAAUCUAUUUCCUGCCAAUUCCAAAAUACCAUCUACCCCCAAACAAUGAUAUGGCCAUAUUACAAAUAAUAAAGAAAUUUUAGCACAGUACCUAUAUACAGUGAACUCAUAACGUGUAAUCAAAAACACAGGAUGCCUAAAUAACAUAGUAUGUUUUUUUACAGUAGUUGGUGAACAGUGGACGAUAUUUAUUGCAUUUGAUACUUCAGAAUGAUACUUUCUCAAUUCCAAUGUUUUUCCUCCAGAACCUAUUAGUAGUAAUUGCUUGCAGCUUGUUACAUUGUGCUUUUGCUCUCUCUUGUAUACCCACAGUUUUGGAGACUAAACAUCAGUGAUAUUUAUACACCACGUACUUUAACAUAACAUUUAGACUGUCUGAUAUGCAACUAUUUUAUAAUGUAAAUAUGUGCACUUUGCUCUGUCAUUUGAUAUAGUCAUAUGUCACUCAUAAAUGGACAGCAAUUUUACCACAGUGCAAUAUUAUCAUGACUUUGCCAAGUCUCUGCUUGUUUUGGUGUAGCUGCAUCUCAUUUAUUCAGGUCGUUUUUUUUUUAACACAAGUGUUAUUUUCGACCCUCCUGUUCUGUUCUGUAACCUACAGUAAGUCUCCACAGCUGUAUGGAAAUGUGAUGUUAAAGUUAUUUAAAUCUACAGUGUUUCAAACAGUGUGUUUAAGGUAACAUUUGCCGUAAGAAAUGCAAAGUUGUGAUAUAUUCCUGCAUGACUCUCUGCUUGAUAAAUUGUACUGAACUGCUAAGUAAGGAAAGCAUACAUGUUAUAUAUGUGUGUGGGAUAUUUUGUGGAAAUGCGGUAAGGACAGUUCUGAAGGAAUGGAAGAAAUCCGUCCUUUCUCUGGAUUAGAAUCCUCUCAUCCAAUUGGAUACUCCCAUUGCUGUAAGCAGUAACAUGAUUGGCUGCCAACUUUCCCUCCAGCAGCCAAUCUCGUCAAUGCAUACGAUCUAUAGGCAGCGUGAUUGGCUGGUACCAUAAA